AUGCCAUCCCAAAAUCCCCGUAGUCACGGGCACUCAGCCUCAACCGGCUCCGCCAAAACCGGCGGCGCCUCCAUUUCCUCCCCCACACAAGGAGGCACCCGACAAUCUCAACAGCCCCCCGUCCCCAUCUCCAUCACCAUCUGCGGCGACGGCGGCUGCGGUAAAUCCUCCAUCACGCUCCGUCUCGUGCGUUCGCAAUGGACAGAAGACUACGACCCGACCAUCGAAGACAGCUACAGCAUCACGCGCCGCAUCGACGGCGUCACCUACCACUUGUCUCUGACCGACACGGCCGGCCAGGAAGAGUACCGCGGCAUGUGGGCCUCAUCCAACCUGGGAGCCGACGCCUUCUUGAUGGUGUACGACAUCACGAGCCGCGACAGCCUCGACGCGCUGCAGUAUUUCAACGAUCUGAUCGACAUGGAGGCCGAGACGCGGGCGGAUAACGCAGCGCGGGCUCGCCGGGCAGGGUUAUCGCCGGCGCAGAUUUCAGGGAGCAUGUCGAAUCGGUAUGCGACUGGGUCGAACAUGGGUGGUGGAGCAGGGUCGGGGGCCAAGGCUGUCCCUCCGGUGAAGAUUGUGGCGGGCAAUAAGUGCGAUUUGUCGGAGAAUCGGGUAGUCCCCGCGGCUACGGGCUUGGAGUGGGCGAGGGCGAGGGGGUGCGGCUUUAUGGAGACGAGUGCAAGGCUGGAGGUUAACAUUGAGGAGACAUUUGCGCUGAUUGUGAGGAGGGUGGUGGAGCAGAGGAGGUUGGCCGAGUUGGGCAUCACGGGCGUGGAUCAGGAGGCGGCCGAGGAGUUGUUGGGGAGCAGUAGGGGGAGGACGAAGCCGUUGAGUCCGUUGCCGACCAAGGAGGGGAAGGAGAGGGGUAUGGAUGAGAAGGAUGGGAAUGGUGGAUGGAGGAAAAAGAGGGGUAGGGCAACCAAGUUGUUGAAGUCGUUGAGGUGCUGGUAG